CCUUAUGUCCACAACACUAUUUAUGUAGUGUUUUACGCAAUCAAACACAGCUUUUGUCUUAGUUAAAGACAUUUAUGGCGGCAGUAAGUCAACAGUGUGUGUGUGUUUGAGUGCGCAACAGGAGACAGGAGUGAUGAGGGAGGUGGGCUGGGGUCCCGCUGUUUUAUGUCCCCAGCCCACCUCCACCACUCCACCACUCCUCCUUCUCUUCCUCCUCCUCUCCGUCUUCUCCAGCUUCUUCAAGCCGCUUUCUUUCCGCUGGACCUGAACUGGACUUCACUUACCCAGAAGGAACCCAAAGACUUCUCUCGCGCGUCACCAUUUCCAAGAGAUUUCCUUUAUACGUUUUCCUCCUCGAACGAGAAUUUUAAAACAUGAGCUCUUUUCCUCCGUGUGCCUGAAUGUCGCAAGACUUCAAUAAGGUGAAGUUAGUCUUCUAAAGACCUUUUGGGGGGGACCGCUUGAGGUUUUGCGCACAACAGUCAAGUCACCGGAAGAUCACUCGAGGUUUUGCGCGCAACAGUCAGAUCUCCGGAGAAUCUCCAUGGUGAAUUAUAAUUAGCGUCUGCUCUCCGUUUUGUGAUUUAUGACCAACCCAAAGAUGUUUUCCCACGAAAUGUUCAUCUGCGUCCUGGCUAUUGCGUGUCUCUUGGAGAUCCCAAGAUCGCAGGCGGCGUCCUGCGAGCCCAUCCGCAUCCCCAUGUGCAGAUCCAUGCCGUGGAACAUGACCAAAAUGCCCAACCAUCUCCAUCACAGCACUCAGGCCAACGCCGUGCUCGCCAUCGAGCAGUUUGAAGGGCUUUUGGGCACCCAGUGCAGCCCGGACCUGCUGUUCUUCCUCUGCGCCAUGUAUGCGCCCAUAUGCACCAUCGACUUCCAGCAUGACCCCAUCAAGCCGUGCAAGUCGGUCUGCGAACGGGCGAAGUGCGGCUGUGAGCCGGUCAUGAAGAGAUACAACCACACGUGGCCGGAGAGCCUGGCCUGUGAGGAGCUACCCGUGUAUGACCGAGGAGUCUGCAUCUCACCUGAAGCAAUAGUCAAAGCUGAGGGACCAGAUAAUCCUUACUAUCAAGACCCUUCGAAAUGUAACCCUGAGGGAAACCCAGACUUCCCCAUGGAUUCACACAAUGGGAACUGUAAAGGAGCUAAUGAUCGUUGUAAGUGCAAGUCUGUAAGGCUUGGCCAAAAAACAUACGAAAGGAACAAUUACAAUUACGUCAUCCGAGCGAGGGUGAAAGAAAUAAAAACUCGAAACCACGAUCUGAGCGCCAUCGUCGAGGUCAAGGACGUUCUGAAGUCAUCUCUGGUCAACAUUCCUCGAGACACAGUAACUCUUUAUUACAACUCGGUCUGUGCGUGUCCUCAACUAGCAGCCAAUGAGGAAUAUAUUAUCAUGGGUUAUGAGAACGAGGAAAGGUCCAGAUUGCUGCUCAUUGACGGGUCCAUUGCACAGAAGUGGAGGGACAAAAUGGGCCGUAAAGUGAAGCGCUGGGAGCAGACCAGGGCAAUCAAGGCCAACAAGAGACAAAGCCGCAAAUAAGCGCCCUCACGUAAACAAGCCUAGGGAGGAGAAGAGCUUCACCAAACUGAAAAAUUGCACUAUUGUACUUUUUUGUUUAAAAAUGUUUGCCUGAGACCAAAUGUUUUGUUUUUGCUACGUUUUAUAGUUGUUAUUCGCCUAAAGAAAAUGUUGCCUUUGCACAGACAAAAUGUUUCCUUGUGUAUAGUUGUUUGGGAAGGGUGUCGAGGGGCGGUCACUCGGUCAGCGAUUGCCGACGGCAGUAGGAAGGUAUGAGAAAAGCAUAAUAUUUUGGGGGAGCCUUUCUGAGAUGCCCGUGUGCUUUAAGCUCCGUGUGUAUAAAGAAACAAGCACGCUCUCAUUACAAACUGCAGCUGCGGUAAAUUUUUUCCCCUCUGGAGGAUUAAACAUUCUUCGAAAGAACAAUGAACAGUUUGGGGGCAGAGAAUCCUUCGGCAGAAAUCACAGAGACAGCCAAGAUUAGAGGCGUAACAUUAUCAUGGACGACGAAAACAAGCCCUUGGGCUUUCUGAAUGAUGUUCAUUUAAAGAAAAACAUGCAUUUGAUAUGUCUAUAGUUUGGUUCUUUUACACUGCAUUAUACAUGCUUGUCAUUUCAAUGUUCUAUUAAUUGAAACAGCUAUUAUUGAUGCAAACUAAAUAUCACAUUCUGUACACAGUCUAUAACGCAGUUUACAGCCUUUAUUAAACACACCUGGCUGGGCAUGACCAUGUUAUGUUUGUAUGCAUUGUAAAUGACAUCAGUUUUGCAAACAGACACGUUGUCUUCCCAGACAAACAAGCAAACAUUACUGUAUUUUGGUUUAAGUAAAGAUGUUUAAUCUAAUUUGACGCUGUGUGCAUCUGUCAAAAGAGUGUGUACCGAACGCUGACCUGGAGCCGGUCCAGUCUAACAUGCUUUUGCACAGUUUUGGGAAAGCAUUCCAGCUCUCGGGAAAGAGAGACGGUCUCUGUUUAUGCUUCUCAAUGCAGCGACUCAGUUCUGGCCUCGGCACUACAGUAAUCUACAGUAAUAGAGCUGCUUCUUGUAAACAACCUGCUGCUUGGAGUUACUGCAGUGACAGCUGCUCACCCUGCGUACCCCAGAUUUAAUGCCCGCGAGGUGAAUUCACUGUUUAUUAAAAUUGGAGAUUUGGGACUUGUCAAAAUGAACGGCUAACAAUAAGCUUGUGUUUGCUAACAUUAGUAAAUACGUUAACUAACAUGAGCACAGAGCAAUAUCCUUGUCAGCAUUUAUUAAUUUUGUGUGAAUGUUAGUUAAUGCAAAUACAAAUCUUUAUGUUUACUGUGCAUGAACUCAUGAUACAACCUUUGAUUUUAAAAAGUAUAGGUGCUGAAAUUAAAUACGAUGUUUAUAAUUGCCUAUUGUUAGUUCAUGUCACCUAAUGCAUUAACUGAUGUUAACAAAUAGCCUACAAGCUUAUUGUAAAGUGAUGGGCCUACCAAUGAACUUUUUGGAAAAGUUUCUCUUUUAGGAAAAAAACAAACUAGAGAGAUUGACUCAUGUCGCACUCCCUGGCAUAUACAAUCUUGUUUGCAUUCAUAAAAAUCACCAAAAAGUACUGUAAAGCAACUGUAAAAAUAUUAAAUCAAAUUGGCUUUACAAGUCACUUGAAUUUAAAUGAUAUUAAACUGACUUAUAGACGGUUUCAUCGGACGCACGCCUGGCCCGCAGUUAACUUCCGGCCUGUGUUUGGUUAUAAUAUAACAAUUUAUUUUUUAUUUAAUUUAUAUGAAUAUUUUAUUGUAUAUCAAUAGUAUUGAAAUAAAUUAAAACUACUCAGCAGUUAUUGACUCUUUGUGGAGGUCUCCUGGAAGUUACGUUUAGGCCACAUAACGUUUGUUGAUGUUGUUGCCGUUGAAACCGUCUAUAAAAUGAAAGUAAAAUAACUAGAUUUUUAAAUUAUAAGACCUAGACUUGUGAAGGCAAUUUGGUUUAACAAAAAAAUGAAGGCAGCUUUUAAUCUAAAGUUUUUUGGUUCAAAUAGGUGAAUUUUUAUAGUGUAUGGUACUCUCUUGGGUUUUGCACAUCCUUGCAAGUAUUUUGAAGCGCCAUGUAAAUACAGCCUUAUGUCAUCACGGUACUUUUUGACAUGGUAGAAUGAGCCUCUCCCCUUUGUAUACCACCUCCAAAAGCAAAUAGCAUUGUGGUUCAUGGCUAUGAUCUGCUUUUUUGAGCUCAUCAGUAUUUUUGCAUUUCUGUUUAAAUAGGAAAUACAUCAACACAAGACUUCAUCCUUUAAUUUCUCCAUCCUGCGAGUGAUGUUAUGUCAUGUCAUGCUAUCAGAUAUUUAACCAUUUGGGCAUGAAAAAUGACUGAAACACACGAGGAGUCUAAAAACAGAAGGGGGAAUAGAAGAAUUAUCACAAGUUAUCUAUUGCAACAGAAAGUCACUAUCCUGCGGAUCACCUUAACCAAAGCCCCAUUCAACCUGUGCUGCUUCUCGUUGAAAUUAUGCCACAUGUGGGAG